AUUUACGCUGUGUCCCAUGAUGUGUAAAGCUAAACAUAACUUUCUUGGUGUAACGACUGGGGCUGUUAGACAGCGUUUAAGGCUGAAACGUUAAGCUUUUAUUUGUAUAUCAAGAUUUGUACAUGAUGGACACGCUUCGCAGCACAAUAACCCCCAAUACAAACAGCCAGGUCCACUGUACUGCGACCAGGGGGUUGGGGGUGAGAAGAGACAACGCGUCCUAGAUUGAUGAUGAGAUCCCCAAUAUAGUGUUUGGUAUUUCCAAUUUGCCACAAAAACACCUUUUCUUGCAUACUUUUACAGAUCAAAACCAAUGAACUUUAAGAAAAUAAUUUUAAAAAAGGUGAUUUAAUUUCAACUGUAGCCUCCCUUUUUUAGAAAUGCUCAGUGGUAUAACCCAAAGUCUAAAUUUAUAAUAGUUUGAAGACAUCGGGAGACAAACAGCUGAAUAACAGUGACGCACAAUCGUCUCAGGUUCCCGCAAAUUCAGUCUUUCUUCAGCCACUGUGGAGAUCAGGUCACCGCCAAGAUGGGAGGUUGUAGCAAACGUGCGGUUGCCAAAGGUGUGAAGAGCAAUCUGUUGCUAAUCCUUAUGAUCAUCGCUAUGGCCGUCGGAAUCGGCAUGGGCUGGGGACUGCGAUUCGUCGAGCCAAAACUGACCAAGCGGGACAUAUUCUACUUGCGCUUUCCAGGUGAUAUUUUGCUGCAGAUGUUAAAGAUGCUGAUCUUACCCUUGAUCGUGUCCAGUUUAGUGUCAGCCAUGGCUUCGCUGGACCUUCAGGAAUCUGGAAGGAUCGGGCUAAGAGCUAUCGUUUACUACAUCACCACUACGCUGUUCGCAGUCAUUAUGGGUAUUAUUCUGGUCCUUUCCAUAAAGCCUGGUGACCAUGGAGACAAAGACAGUAUCACACGAAGUGGCAAAUCCAAGGUUGUCAACACGGCCGACGCUUUACUCGACUUGAUCAGAGUUAGUUUUCCAGACAACUUAAUCGAAGCAUGUUUCCAAAAGAAAAUCACGGAUCAAAUUCCGAUAGAGAAGCCAGAGCCGACGACUAUGGACCCCGAAAACCUCACAGCCAUCACCAUGUACACUUACAAUAUUACGAAUGAGACAGAAGAAGUUUCAGAGGAGCCACAACAAUAUGAACCAAAAGUUGUCACGAAACCUGGAAUGAACGUCUUGGGUUUGGUUGUCUUCUCCUUAUUUUUUGGCUGUAUCAUUUCACGUAUGAAGGAGAAAGGCCGAAUUCUUGCUGAGUUCUUCGAAGCCCUGAAUGACGCCACAAUGCAACUUAUCACCCUUGUCAUCUGGUAUUCUCCGAUAGGAGUUCUGUUUCUGAUAGCAGCCAAGAUGGUGGAGAUGGAUGACCCGGAAGUGGUUUUCACGCAGCUUGGCUUGUACUGCGUGACCGUAAUCGUGGGUUUGAUAAUCCAUGGAUACAUCGUUCUUCCAAUUAUUUACUUCAUCGCCACAAGGAAGAACCCUUACCGGUUUAUAUACGGCAUGGUGCAGGCGAUCGUCACAGCACUCGCUACAGCUUCCAGUUCGGCGACUCUGCCCGUCACCAUGAAUUGUUUGGAACACAACAACAACGUCGACCUUCGAGUGGCCAAGUUCAUCGCACCCAUCGGAGCCACCAUAAACAUGGACGGCACGGCUCUGUACGAGGCUGUCGCUUCUAUCUUCAUCGCCCAGAUUAACGGUAUUGCGUUGUCUAUUGGACAAGUCAUUACUGUCAGUGUAACUGCUACAGCCGCAGCCAUUGGAGCCGCCGGUGUACCUCAGGCCGGCCUUGUUACCAUGGUGAUCGUUUUAACAGCAGUUGGCCUGCCAACGGAAGACGUGACAGUUAUUCUGGCAGUUGAUUGGUUCUUGGAUCGGUGCCGUACCAGCGUUAACGUUCUUGGAGACGCCCUUGGGGCGGGGAUUGUCUACGGGCUAUCCAGGAAGGAACUUGCCAAGAUGGAUGCAAAUAAAACCAAAGAAAACGGUCACACAGAGAAGAAACAUGCUAUUACAAGUGUAAACAUCGCAAACGGUGACGUCACCGUGAAUGGAAUACAUAAUGCCUCAUACCUUGGAGACGAAAGCACAAAUCUUUGAGUUACUGGUUAAACUCUGGCAGAAUAUUAUGUUUUCUGGCAUAACAGGCCAUGUAAGUGCUGCAGACCAUUUUGUUUUAUGUGAGCAACUUCGUCUGUUAUUCAAACAAAUGUAUUUUUUGUAAUGGUUAAUUGUGUUAUUCAAAAAAGUAAUUCAAAGCAGUACCAUAGCACAAAUUUGUUCUAGAAUCUAUUUCACUAGAAAGCAUAAUAUUCUGUUGAAUUUAACAGAUUAAUCUUCAGAUAUGAUCCACUAUGGCAAAGUAGCACAGGAAUGUCACUAAGGGGAUAAUAUCCGACAUGUACAUGAAGAGCUAAUGUAGAAAUUAAGAAUAUCAUAAAGAGUUUUGCUAUUUUACUUAGUAAGUGUGGUGAAAAAUGAAAAACAUAUGUCUUCAAUUUGGCAAUAAAUGGUGCUUAUUCCCUGCAUUAUACUUUAAAGAAAUAUAUGACAAUUUUCUAACGUUUAUUUUCACAUCAACCUUCUAACAGGGCCAAUAUUGUUUCAAUGGAAUAAAUGCACGAAUGUAUAAAAAGCAAGUGAUAUACUACGACAAUUAUAAUAAUAAGGUAUUAUAAACCGAUACGUCCACGACGUAUCGGUUUAAUGUGUAGCGUAAAAGGAACAUACAAAAAAUAUUGUAACCAUACCCAAAAACGUCUCUUUAACAGCUCCAGAGUUAAUUCGCGGUAGUUUUUGUUUAUGUUUUGGUGGGAAAGGGGGCGGGCGGGUUUUAUAGAUUAGAUAUGCAUAUGCUGUAUACAUUUUUGUCUUUCUCAUUAAAAUAUCUAUUUUUGAUAUAAAUAUGCAGAAUGAUUUUUUCUAUUGAGUAAUAAAAAUAUAUAAAUAUAUGUCAGUUAUUAGUAUUGCGUGCUCCUAAUGGUUCCAAUUCCAGAGAUAAGCUUCACAAACAAAGUACUGUGUUAGAAAUGGGAGAAGACUUAACUGACUCACGCCCACACUGAUUUUCCAGUAACACAAUUUAAUGUACCGCACAGUCUCUGAUGCAUGUGAGUUCACACAUGAUGACAAUUCAUAUGUGAAUACUUGAGGAGAACUGAGUUGCGUUCUGACAAAAUGAAAUUCCAAGAAUUACAAUAAUUUUCUGACAUAUUACACAUACAUGUACUUUCGUGUCUACCUCACGUUGUUGGUUUCCUGCAUUAACCAACACUAAUAACUAAUUAAAAUAACUAAUUUCGUGUAAUUAGCCAUGAACUGUUAAAUUGUACAUGCAUAUGUAUUCAUCUUUCAUUCUUCAUUCAUCCUUGCUGCCCAUGCCCGACGUGUAGGUGGUCGCCAUAUCGUAAAUGAAAAGUCGACGGAGAGGGGGACUUUAAUAAAUAUGGAUGGCUAUUUACCUUUGGGAUGAUCGGCAGCCUAGGAUUUUAACAAGCAAGGCAAUACAUGAUUCCAUACUUCAGUUUCAAUUAAACAAUUUUUGUUCAUGAAACUAGUUUAAAUACGGCUCCGGGCCAAUGAGGUCGCAGGCUCAAUCCCUUUGUUAUUUUGGCAGGGGCUUUGUAAGACCGUUGUUUCAUUGGUUACCCUGGCGAUGAGCGAGUCACAUAGAGGUAUCGCUUAAGGUGUUGUGUUGAUUGUUGUUUCCAACACGUUAUUGGUGUGAGAAUGUAUUAAGCCAACAAUAUACAGGUAUUUUGGUUUGUAGGCCACAGAUUAAUUUUAAAAAGUCAAUAUGCUGGUUAAAGAGAGAAAUCUAAGAAAAUAAAAAUAUAAAAAUUAUAAUAAAGCGUUAGUUUCAUUGGAUGAUCCCUGCGUCGGGAUAUAUCCAAUCAAAAUACAGAAUGUGGUUCAAAUUCCGUAUAACAAGUUCACCGUCGUAUUAUGGUAUACAUUAGACUAUAAAAGAUAACAUUAUAAAACUGUUCUUCUGGACAAUGUAUAUUAUUUACUGACGUUGCGGCGACAACCUAUCGCCUUCAACAGAGUAAGGUGUUAAACAAAAUGAAUUCCUGUUUAUACAAAAACAAGGCGAACAAACCAGAAUGUACAAGUUUCGUGGUGAACACAGUUCACGUUCACGGUUGAAGUAUACAAUGGGUCUAUACAAAUUUAAAAUAAUGAGACAACUGGACCUGGUAUUGUUAUGUAUGACUAUUUAACGUCUUCAUGUACUGUUAGUCUGUGGACCUUUGUGUUAUAUGUUAUAAGCAUGACAGGCCCUGUUAUAUAUGUACAGCGCGGACCUGGCCGAAAGCACCUUGUUCAAGGCUCUGUUUAUUUAACUGGCUGUACAUUGGCUGUUAAUUCUGUGUCUAAAAAUAGUUGAAUCCACCUGGAGCGUAUAUAAGCCGUGUUUUCUGUGCAGAGGGGAGGUAUUUUGCUGCAUCCACUGGGAGCCAGGAGAGUGUGCGACGCUCUCGUAUCGAGUCCAUUAUAUUUAUAUGAGCUGGUGAUGCCAGUUUCAUUUGGGAGGACAGAUUUUUAUGCCGGCACCGUUUGUGUACCACAGUAGUACUGAUGUCUGGUUUAUGUGAAUUUCUGCGGAAGUCACGUUUAUUGGUGUUCGGAUCUUUAUUAUGAUUAUACAGUGUUGACUGUGUAAUUUGUUUAACACGCUGACCUCACCUGACCGACAAGGUCGUCAAGGAAUCUAAACUGAAGUUUUCAGUUUUGUAAAGGACGUUCGUUCUGCCACAAGGUGACAUUACUCCACGUCUCUGAACGGCUCGUUUGUGAGUUUCUGCGGGAAACUGUUCUAAAGUGGAUUAUACCUCCAUGCCUGUAUUUACCCUGUGUUGUGCUCUGCGGGUGUGACGUCAUUCAAAGGCUUGACUGUUCCAGUUCUGUGUAACCUGUGUACUGUGUUCGUGUUCGCUAACCUGGCGAAGUACCUGUCUAGGACAAUUUGUGAAUUGUGUGUUUAUCCCAUGGUCUUUACGUUGGAUUUCCUGGAAUACAUUCCUUGGGAUGCAAAGGUGAACUGGAAACUUGUAAAGGCCGGUAAUACUGAUGUGUAUGUUGUUGUUGUUGUUGAACUGUCUGUAAAACUGUACGUCUCAUUUUAUAUAUAAAGCAUUGUUUACAUUGUAAUAUU